UUGAAAACAGAUGGUAGUUUGUUUUUCAAAAACCUGUGCAGAAAGAAGAAGAAAAGGAGUAAAAGGAACAUUUAGAAUUUAUCCAAAGCAGGGGCUGGCAAAUCUUGUGACUUUCAUUAAAAUAAACACUGACUUAAAUCUAAUCGACCAGUUUGAUUGAACUAAAUUACAAUACAACAACUUGUAUCUGUGGAAUCUUUUUGUUGGUCACGACAACUGUCAGCCCCUGCUUUGGCGGGUCUUGGACCCAACUCCGAGGAGUUCAGACCUUCUCACCAUGCAGACGGACAGAAGCAGACAACAAGAUCGACAAGUGCCUGAGAGUCAAGAGAUGUCUUCAUCCACUCCCCCCGAGCCAGAACCCUCCUCACCCCAAAGGGAAAAAGACCAGCAUCAGGAAGAUCGUCCCGGUGCCACUGAUUCUAAUUCAAUGACGUCAACAACAGCAAAUAAACAAAUUGUGUCGACUGCAAAUCUUAUACCAAUCACCAUGGAUAAUGAAGCUAUAAAAGUUUCUGACAAAAAGUCAAGUAUUAAUCGAGAAAUGAAACGUAACUUAGGUAUAGAAGAAACAUCGGCCAUGCCACCUUCCUUAAAAAGACGUCUUAAGGAUCAGGAUAAUCAAUAUGCUGCAGAAAUGAAAGGUGGUGAAAUUCAGAUGUUCGAUGAGGUUCAACGAAGCGAUGUCGCAACACACACGGAGAGCAUCUUAUGUGAACAUAUAGAUGAAACUUUGCAGAGACGUCCAACUGAAGUUAAAAACAAUGAUUUAAACACCCAUUAUAGUCCAUGUUCGAUGAGAGAAGGUGAUAUUGAUCCCACUGACCUAAAUCCAAUCGACCAGUUUGAUGUAAAUGUUUCUGUUGGACACGACGACUGCCAGCCCCUGCAUGGGCUGGUCUCAUACCCAAAUCUGACGGACAGAAGCACACAACAAGAUCCACAAGUGCCUGAGACUGAAGAGAUGUCUUCAUCCCCUCCCACCGAGCCAGAACCCUCCUCACCCCAAAGGGAAAAAGACCAGCAUCAGGAAGAUCGUCCCGGUGCCACUGAUUCUAAUUCAGGGACAUCACCAACAGCAAAUACACAAAAUAUGUCGACUGCAAAUCUUAUACCUAUCACCAUGGAUAAUGAAGCUAUAAAAGUUUCUGACAAAAAGUCAAGUAUUAAUCGAGAAAUGAAACGUAACUUAGGUAUAGAAGAAACAUCGGCCAUGCCACCUUCCUUAAAAAGACGUCUUAAGGAUCAGGAUAAUCAAUAUGCUGCAGAAAUGAAAAGUGGUGAAUUUCAGAUGUUCGAUGAGGUUCAACGAAGCGAUGUCGCAACACACACAGAGAGCAUCUUAUGUGAACAUAUAGAUGAAACUUUGCAGAGACGUCCAACUGAAGUUAAAAACAAUGAUUUAAACACCCAUUAUAGUCCAUGUUCGAUGAGAGAAGGUGAUAUUGAUCCCACUGACCUAAAUCCAAUCGACCAGUUUGAUGUAAAUGUUUCUGUUGGACACGACGACUGCCAGCCCCUGCAUGGGCUGGUCUCAUACCCAAAUCUGACGGACAGAAGCACACAACAAGAUCCACAAGUGCCUGAGAGUGAAGAGAUGUCUUCAUCCCCUCCCACCGAGCCAGAACCCUCCUCACCCCAAAGGGAAAAAGACCAGCAUCAGGAAGAUCGUCCCGGUGCCAUUGAUUCUAAUUCAGGGACAUCAACAACAGCAAAUAAACAAAAUGUGUUGCUUGCAAAUGUUAUUCCAAUCACCAUGGAUAAUUUAAAUGAGCUACUACAUAUGUAUGUCUAUAAGUUACGUUGUAUUCAUGUAAUGAAACGUAAUUCAGAAAUAGAAUCUGGAUUCAGUAUUGCUGCACCGUGUGCCGGCAGACCUUUCCAAAUGUUCCUAAAACACCGUCUUAAGAACGACCAUAAACAAUAUGCAUAUGCUGUUGUUGUAAUGGAAGAUUUUAAAGGAAAUAUUUUUAAAGCUGAGUAUCCAGAUCCUUGUAAGAAAAAACACAGUGAGGAAAUUUUAAUUGGAGAACUAGAUAAUUUUUUGCAGAAAUGUGGAACCAAAGUUAGGUACAUUUAUAUAUAUACCUAUAAUAGUCCAUGUUUAAAGAGCCGAGGUAAAAUACCUGGCUGUAUGUUUCAACUUAUAGAGAAAGCCUAUCAAUGGGACAGUCAAUUUGGCAUUGUGACUAAAGUGUGCUUCGAAGUGCCUUGGGGACUAUGUGGACCAGGUAUCUUUAAAAGACAACAUGACUUCUCAAGUUGGUUAGUUGGUUACAGUGCUCUUUAUCCAGAUGUUAACUUGUGCCCGGAAAUCCGCUUUACCCUGGACACAAAAAAAUUAGAACAAGAAUAUAAACCUCCCCUUAUUAACGAAAAUAUUAAAGAUAGACACAAAGACGUACAAGAAGCCUUUAAGUCUGCUCACAAUGGUUUUCACGGGUUGGCUAAUAGUUCUGAAGGAUUUCUGAAAAGUCAGCAUUUGGAGCAUGGCUUGAAAUACAUUGACUCACUCAAAUUUCCCCCAGAGUUCUCUGAUACAAUAAUUGAAACUUUGAGAAAGAAUUGGAUUAAAUUGGUUGACCAUAGUUAUCUUAAAACUAAAAUAACAUCAGAUUUCAACUAUGCAGUAGUCAAACUCACAAUCAGAGAUAUUAGGUUAGAUCUGGGUAAUAACAACUUCUUUCAGAUUCACCAGGUCCCGCCAGGCGCUGAGGUGGAGGAGUGAGAUUAUGUUCAAUUGAUUAAUACUUCAUUUUGGUCACAAUUUAUGUGACACAAGAUUUAAUUUAAUUUUCAUUUAAUAUAUAUAUUUGAAUUUAAUAAAACAUUGACCUUAACCUUUUGUAGUAAAACAAAGGUUUUGGGGCUUUUUUGAAACACUAAAUGGCAUUCAGACUGUGUUGAAUUAUUACUAUUGGUACAGGUUUUGGAGGGAUGCUUUUUUUAAAUUUUAUAAUAUAAUAACGUUGAGUUCCAAUUGUAAUUAGUGCUCUAAUUAUUUUUGAACUCAAGUGUUUGUCUGGAUGUUUGUUGUCUGCAUCUGUCCUGAGCUCUUAAAUAAAAUAAAUAAUAAAAACUCACAUUGAAACUG